AUGCGGGCAAGCGGGGCCCGCCCGCCGUCAGCAGCAGGGCGCAGGGCAAGCCAGCCAGCCGGUGACAUGGCCUCGCAAUUCCCGAUGCUAUCUCCCGAGCAUUCCGGCCGGCACCAGUCGUCGGACCCAUCGAGUCCAGUCAGUCCAGGGUCUCUCGGCCGGAAGCGGCUGCACGCACCCCCGAAGCAAGACAUUGAUUCUGCGAUUAUUGGACGGGAACUGCGUCUAACGGAAAACCCAGGCGAUAUUUCGAAAUGGCUCUCACGAACAAAGGUUGUUGCCUACGAACGGCGAACGGCGGUAUCAUCAUCAAAUAGUGUGACAAGCUUCGAUAUUGAGUUUGGAGAUGGCAACAUACCCGGCAAGUCCCUCUCGAAGAACCGUAUAGGAUUGCUCCUUCGCGGAGACUUGUUUCAAUGCUGCUAA